AUGUCCGGCGUAUCACUUGCUAUGGCUCUUAGAAGUGAUCCCGAUCACACGGUGGCGGCAGGAGAAAAACCGGAGCGCAAACCGCAGCUACAGCCGCAAUCGGAGGUGGGCGGCAGCAUAAUGGGAUCGUUGCGUGUGAUCGAGCUCCAACUGGUGGUUUUCAUCAUGGUUUUCUCGAUUAGCGGCCUCGUCCCGCUCAUCGAUUUAGUCUUCCCCGCCUUCGCCUCCGCUUAUAUCAUCGGCCUCUCGCGCUUCGCCUUCCCGUCCUGCGGUUACGUGCCGACCGCCUCGCAAGAGAUUUUCCACGGCAGCAAACUCUUCAGGCUCUACGUGGUCAUCGGGACGACCAUCGGGCUUUUCUUGCCGCUCGCUUACGUCUUGGGCGGCUUCGCGAGGGGCGAAGAUCAUGAUGUUCGAGCGGCGACGCCGCACUUGUUCUUGCUCUCGUUUCAGAUUCUAACGGAGAAUGUGAUCGGCGGACUGUCUUUGUUUUCACCGCCGGUGAGAGCACUCGUACCGUUGCUAUAUACAGUCCGGAGGAUCUUCGUUCUCAUCGACUGGAUCCAUGAUGUUUGGCUCAUCAAAGCUCUGCCUACAGAUGCACGACUGAAGGACAUCGUAUGGCAUUGGUUUGGGAAAGGCCUGGCGGUUGCGAACCUAUUGUACUUCUCUAUCAAUCUCUUUCUCUUUUUGAUUCCGCGAUUCCUUCCUCAAGCAUUCGAGAGGUAUUUUAAGGAAAGGGUUGAGAUACACGGCAAGACGGCGGAGGAUAACCGUCCUACGGCGGCGAACAAGCCUCAGUCCACCAAUAAGAAAGUAGAUUGA